UUCGCGGUAGACCUACGCAAUGAUUUUUUGUUUGAAUGAGAAAUAAAAGCAAGCUUUACUGCAGGAACGUCGAUUUGUGACUAGCGCCACUGUUUCUAUCAGUUCUCUUGCAAGAAGGACCCUAAUCCGUCUAACCCUUUUAGUAUUAUUGCUGGACCACGGUGCUAUAGCGGAGGAAUGGCGCCGAGUGGGAGGUUUCGUGCACCUGCCGAUUUGUUGCCGCUGGCCUUUCUGCUGAUCAUGGCCUGGAAUGGGCAGUGCUUGAACGCGACGACGGCUUCCGUCGGUACAUGUAUGGGACACUGGUUACGUAAUUCAUUCCCAAGUGACUCUGCUGAGAAGCUGGUGAAUUACGAAAAUUUACUGCAAGCAUUUGAAACGCCAGUUGAUGAAGCAUCCCUGCCACAGACUAAUCCACUGUUGCUGUCUGCUAUUCUUGGCGGACAGGAAAGGUCUGCCAGGUUUACGCAGUGUGGAAGUGGUCAGUGUGGACAUCCAUCUCCAUGCCAUCGCGGUGGUAGAUGUGUAUAUGCUAGUGUUGAUGGUAACACUGAUCAGCGGAAGCAAUACCAGUGUCAAUGUAGACCUGGAUAUUCCGGACAACAGUGUGAACUCGCUGUGUCGUUUUGCAGAACGCAUCGUCCAUGUCAAAAUGGUGGACAUUGUCACAGUCGCGGCCCACAUGCCUUUGAGUGUCGGUGUAAACCAUUGUUUGGUGGCAAGAACUGCGAAAUAAGCGAAUUGGCCAACAUCACGUCAUCACUGGCUGACCUUACUCUACGUCUGAAUACAAUAGAGACUAAGUUUGCUCAGUCAGCUAGUAGAACCGCAGACACGGUGUCACGUGUACUUCAGAAAAUGGAGCAGACGCUAAAUGACCAGGUGGCAAGAUUGGACAGCCAGUACGGUGACAUCAGGGACAAGGUGAAGAAGAACUCUCUCAAACUCGCUAGUUCAUGUAAGGAAAUUCAGCAACUCUCAAACUACACAGCAACAUCAGGUCUGUACAAGAUUGUUCCGCUGGACCCAAAGAAGACAACAUUCCAGGAGGUCUACUGUGAUAUGGAUCACUAUGGUGGUGGUUGGGCAUUGAUUGCUUACAUCAACCCCACAGAGAUGGACAAAUGUCAUGGUACCAUGAGAUUUGAAAACCUUCAAGUCAAGCUGUGCACUAGACGAGUCAGCAGUGAUGGUGGAUGUGAUGGUGUAUCGUUCCUGUCACCUAUUGCCGAGUACAGUGAAGUGAUUGGAUUUGUCACUGGGUACAGGGAUAAAUCUUUGGACGCAUUCUAUUCCGCACAUAAUAGCCAUACGCAGUUGAACAGCUGGUACAUGGACGGUGUCUCUAUCACACAUGGUUCUCCAAGGCAUCACCUAUGGACAUACACAGGUAGUUUUGAUGACAAUGACAAGGCUGCUCACUGUCCAUGUAGUCCCAGAGCUGGGCCACAACCUCCAUCGUUUGUUGGUAGCCACUACUAUUGCGCUGACCAUGGACCUGCUUGGAGACCUUGGACAUUCACUCCAGCCAACCAUGCAUGGAGCAACACCAGUCAAUGUACUGCUGGCGGGACUUGUUGUGACAACACAGAUAUGCCGUGGUUUCAUCGUCAACUCGACACCAGUACCUCUGAUCCAGUGGAAAUUCGUAUUUGCACAAGUGAGGGAUAUUCGAAUGAGAAUGUUGGCAUUUAUGAGGCCGCUAUCUUUGUAAAAUAAAGUCCUCCACUGCUCUUCCAUCGCAAUUGCCAGAUGCUUUUAAAACAUAUUUGCCAGCCAUGCACUAUGAACGAAAAAUUCGUUGUAUUUACUAGCAAGCACUAUUGCGUUCUGUUUUCCUAGUUCCAUUUUCCUACUAAUAGAUGGAUUUGGUGGCUGCUACGAUUUACAAAAGCUCAUACUUACUUUUCAAAAGGUUUUUUGAGUAUACAACAAGGAGAUGGACCCAAUAUUCUAAAGUAGGGUGAGUUGCACAUUCAACACCCCCACACACCAUCGGCUACGGUUCAGUACUAGUAUUAGAUAUUCCAAUACUAGUACAGUACUAGCACUAGAUAAACCUUGUUAUAGUUCGGACCAGGGCUCUACCAGCCGUGGAUGGUUGUAGUAAGGUCACUGAUUCCGAACACUGUGUCCUCCACCUUGUUUCAUGCUGUCAAACCAACAACAUGUGGUUCAGUACAAGUACUAGUAUCCUUUUUUUAAACGUUUUCAUAAUUUUUUUCAAAGUGUAGAAUUUACAAUAAAUUUACAAGGCAACAAAAUGUUAUCUCUGCUCUGCACCUAGAUGCCACUCUAAUAAUAUGCACUUUUUCAAUUUUAUCGCAGUUCACGGCAUUUCAUGCUACAUGCCCCCAGGUGUAUCGUUAUGUAUGUUCAAGUAAUCGCAUGCUUACUCAACAUGUCCAUCUAAUGAUAUCGCGCUUGCCUUUCAUUUAUAGUCCUUAGUCUUCGUCAACUUCUUCAUGGCAAUAUAGUAAUUUGAAGUUUUCACUUCUCUGA